AUGCAUUCAGAAUUACUAUUUAGAAACCGUCAAUAUUUAAAUAAGCACUUACAGAUACAUGUUUGUUCUUUUAGUAAUGCUACGUAACCUAACGUUAUUUACAGACCCCGUCCAGAAAUUAAAAUCAGAACGAUGAUUUCUGCCAAAGCCAUUUCACAUUAUUGAUAUGAAACAAUUAGAUAAACAGCUUAAGCCAGUUUACUUCAUUUAGAAUGUAGGGAGAUGUGCAGUAAUUAACGUGAAAUCUGCUGAUGAAUGUGAAUGUUUCAGCUGUGAUGACUAUAGGAGGCAGACUGCUUUUGACUCAGCCCGGGUUUCCCUGACUGAGAGAGGAACCUUCCAUGUACGGAACACACGAAGGCAAGGGCUCAUCUCUCGCGAGGAACGGCGCCGUUAUCGGAAUCUCUACAAACAACACGAGAAUUCAUCAUUCACACGCUGUGAACAAUGUCUGAGCAAGAUUUGGAUGAAAUUGUGCAAAUAACAGUGGAGGAAUUUAACCAGGAUGAUCGCACAGACAUGCUGGACAAUCAUGAAGAUGAUGAAGAAAGGCCUCAGAAGAAAAAAAGGAAAUUGAGCAACAGUCAAGAGAACAACAGCAACAACCAAGACAUAUCUUUUAUCAAGAACCUGUUGGUUUCAUUCACCACAUCAAUCAGCCAGCGACUGGAAGGAAUUGAGUCAAAGUUACAGGCUCUGGAUGCCACAUGCAAAGCCCUUGGACGCAAGCUGGACAGUAUGGUACCCUGUGCCAAGAGUCCUAUACAGGUGCCUAUGGUUGCAGGGUCGCCUCAGGGGGCCACUCAAACUUGGAACAAAGUGCGAUGUGUUGUUCCACAAACAAAUGUGAUAGUGAGCAGUGAACACUCAAAGGGCUCUAGCCAAGAAGACACCCCUCUAGAGAAUCUGCUCAGCAACACUGUGACCAGGCGGCGGCAGAACACAAUCCUUGUAAAGGUGCCAGGCCCUGAGGAGAGUCAGGAGGAACAGGAGAGCGGCUCAGAAGCUAGUGACUCUGUUUCCAAUGGUGGCCAUUCCAGCAAUGCCCAAAAUGGCCAAAAUGUCACGCUCAUCACACUCAACUCAGAAGAUGAUUAUCCAGAGGGCACCUGGUUGGGUGACGAGAACAACCCAGAGAUGCGAGUUCGUUGCCCGGUAUCUCCAGCUGACAUGCUUCAUAUCAGCACAAACUGCCGCACAGCAGAGAAAAUGGCACUGACGCUGUUGGACUACCUUUUCCAUCGGGAGGUCCAGGCCAUGUCAAAUCUCUCUGGACAAGGCAAACAUGGCAAGAAGCAGCUGGACCCUCUCAUGAUCUACGGCAUUCGCUGUCACUUGUUCCACAAAUUUGGCAUCACUGAAUCAGACUGGUACCGCAUCAAGCAGAGCAUUGACUCAAAGUGUCGCACAGCCUGGAGACGCAAACAGCGUGGCCAGAGUCUGGCUGUCAAGAGCUUCUCCAAACGCACACCUCGCAAUUCAGUCACAGAAGGAGGCAUUACAGAGGAAACGGCCCAUAUUGAGACUGCCACCCAGCAAACCUUGCACUACACGCUAGCCAAUCAGCAGGUCCAGUUCCACCGUAUUGGCGAGGAUGGACAAGUUCAGGUGAUUCCACAGGGUCAGUUGCACAUUGCCCAGGUGCCACAAGGAGAGGAGGUGCAGAUCACACAGGACAGUGAGGGGAACCUCCAGAUCCACCAGGUGCAUGUUGGUCAGGAUGGACAGGUGCUGCGUGGAGCUCAGCUGAUAGCGGUGGCGUCAGCUGAUGGAGGGCCCACAGCAGUAGAAGGGUCUUCUCUCCCCUCUGACAUCCAAGUGCAGUAUGUCCAACUAGCUCCCGUCGCUGAUCACACAGCUGCCGUACAGGCGGCUGAGCUGGCCCCAGCCCUGCAAGCGGACAUGGAAGUAAAGGAGGCCAUCCAGGGCGCCAUCCAGGGCGAGAAUGGCGAGGUGGUUCAGAUUGUCACCUCUGUGGCCACCUGAACGCCAGUGUCUGGUUGAACGCAGCCCAGAACUCUGCCCCACAGUGUGGUCUGAUGUGGUUCAUAGAAACAUCAGAGGUCAACAAAUGCAUACAGUCUGAAGAGCGGCUGAGUCAGAAAACGUCUUUAACAAAUUCUGAAGGUUGCUGAUGAAAUGGAGGGAAGAAGCUUUUUUUUCUGCAAACUGCUCUAUUCAUUGCCAACCAGAUGUCGGAAUGUUGAAAUGUUCACAGAGAACUCGAAAAGACCAUGAUACUCCAAAAUCAACUGUGGUCUUUCUGGUGUUUUCAUCACUAGGAGGACCUGGCCCACCGCAGAAUACACAGUGGGAUUAUUGUCUAUCCAGGGAGGAUGCUGCUUAUGCAGACCAUCACCCUGCCACUUCAUCAGCACACAUGCUUGUUUACAUCAGCUUUGGAAAACAGUGGAGUUAUUUGGAGUUAAGCUGCUUGGCUAACCCUGAAACCCCCAUGAGGGUUUGUAAAACUUCUGAAUCCCACCUACAACCCGUACCGCAGUCCUUUUCUUGUCAUUUUCUCUCACUUCUUGUCACGGUGGACUGCAGUGGAAAGCAGAUUUAGCUGAGGACAGCUACUCUUGGUUGUGAUUAAUUUAGUUUUCUUGUCACUCUCCAUGAAUUAGUCCAUACUGUGUCUCUCGGCUGUGAGACCUGCCUGCCUGUACUUUGUUCAACUUGUUUUCAUAUUACUUUAGCCGCAGAGCUUUGUUUGCUUUUUGAUUUAUCUAAUUGUAAUAUGCCGAAAUUUCUGGGGAGCUUUAAUUUCGGAGGUAGAAGACCAUGAAAUAGAAGAAAUGGUUCCAGUGGUAGACAGUACAAGUUGCUUGUAGAAUACCAAGGAAACCUUGAAGUUGUUUAUUUCCCCCUGUUUUGUCUCUGUGAAGAUACAUUCAUAUGAAUAAAACAUGUUUGUGGUUGCC